AUGGAGACAGAGCAGAGAGCUGGGAGUUGUCCUGCCCCGGGCCAAACUGCUGUCAGGACCUGGCUCUCCCCCAGCACAAGAGGAGCACCCAGAACACCCAGUGACACAACUUCCCGUUUCCACGGAGACGGGGUUCGCUACAAAGCCAAGCUGAUCGGCGUGGACCCGGUGCCCGACGCCCAGGGAGACAAGAUGUGCUUGGACUCCAUGAUGAAGCUAAAGGGCUUAGAGGUAGCAGCAAGGACACAGGGGAAACACAAGCAGAGAGUCUGGCUGAAAAUUUCCUCCAGCGGCCUGAAGAUCGUGGAUGAGAGGACGGGGGCUGUAAUUUAUGACCAUGACAGGAGCAGAAUCAGCUCGUUGAAAAAAGAUGAGUUUGAUCCCAGAGCUCUGGCCUACAUCUACCAACACCAAGACAGCUACGUCCUUUUCUACAUCAAGACAGCCAACCUGGCAGAUCCGGUCCUGGUUGACAUCAUGGAGGUUUGUCAGGUUGUGGACCAAGAGACACCACAGGAACCUGCAGAGGCACCGACACAAACCAGUUCCUCACUGCUUCAAAACGACAGUCCAGCUCCUCCAACGGAGCGACCAGCUUUAGAGGACAUGUUCAGUCCAGAGCCAGAAUCUUCAUCAGGAAAAUCAAACCAGGCCUCUUCCUGCAAUGAGCUGAUGAAGGUCUUCUCCAUCCAGAUGGAGGAACCAAUGGUGCCCACCCAGAGCACAUGUAGCAGUCAGCCAGAGUCUCCACAGCUAACACCCUCCGGCUCUCAGAUCCUCUCCAUGUUCCCCACGCAGCCAGUAGGGGGCUCUCCAUACUCCUCCCCUCCAUACUCUCCCACAACCAUGCCCUGGGGCCAGCAGGGGCCUCUGGGAAAUCAGUGGGCAGGUCCAGCUGUGGCGCCCUGGCCGGCAGUGCCAAGCAGUAUGGCAACUUGGGCACCAGCAGGCAUAGCAACGCCCCCUGCAGGUGGCCAGAUUCAGGCUCACAGCUCUCAGCCAGGAGUCACAGGAGGAGGAAGCACACCUGCUUCACCCACCCCAGUCAACGGGUGCCUCAUGUCUUUAGACUCCCUCUGUGCCCCCACUGGAGCAACGGGACCACUCCAGUCAGCGUCCCCAGCCUUGGACCAUAAUCUCCUCCUGUGAUGAAUUGCUUAGAUGGGGAAAUAGUUGCUCUGGUUUGAAUAAGAAAAAAAAGAACAUGGCUUGAUGGCUUUUGAUUUGAUUGAUGAAUUUUUUGCAAUUCUUUUCUCAUUUUCAUGAUUCCAAAGAUGAUUUGGUUGCCAAGGUUUCUCUAAUGAAUAUGUCUCUAAUAUUUUUGUGUCUCCAUAUCCACAUUUUGAUUCAUGUGAAAGAUGUGAAUUAACCUAUAGCAAGUGGACAGUAUAACCAGACAUGUAUUAUGCAGGUGUU